UAUGACAAAGCACAGACGCUUACAUUUUUAAUAAAUUAUAUUGAACAUAUAAAACAUAGAUUUGGUAAUAGCCUCUAGGUCUGAACAACAACAAAAAACAACAAACUAUGAACAGAUUGAAUAGAAAACAUUUUGAACAACAAACAGAUCAGAAAGCACAGACGUCAAAAUUAACAACAUAAAAAACGAAACAACUACAUUAGAGGCGAAGAAGUCUACGUGAAUAAUAAACGCUUACAUUUGACUUUUGCUUAAACGUCGUCAAAGGUCUUUUGAUCCACUCUGCUUGCUAUAUAUGCAUUUUUUUCUUUUUGCUUACAGUACGUGCUGUACGUAAUUGCGUCACGGAUUUGCCCACGUGUAGAUGUUUAUUCUCCUCGUGCACGUCGGCUGAAGGAGAAAAAGAGGUUUAACAAAGUCCGACUGGGAUUGAGGCAUAUUAAAGAAUAUUUAGGUAAAUUACAUAAAAUAAUAUAGCAAAUAUUGGCAGUAUAGUGUUAUCUUUGUUAAAUAUUUAAUUAAGCAUAAAUAAGAAAAGGCAUAACAUAUGAUGCCUUCAUGGUACAUGGGAUAGCCCCGAACAGUGGUAAAAAGUGUAUUCUACACCUUUGACUAAACCUUUUACAAAAUGUAUUUGUUUAUCCUAUUUAGUGUUAAUCUAUAUAAGGUCUAUGGUGCAUUUGAGUUCAUAAAAAUUAGUACAUCAUGGUAAUUUGUUUGCCCUGACACAGAGAAGUGGGGUCACCAAUCUGACAAAAAUCCUCUGCUUGGAGUAGGGUAGGCCUACAUGUCAAAAUGUAAAACAUAAGAUGGCGGAGAACAUGAAAAACAAAAUAAGGUUAGACAAUUUAAAAAGAUCCAUAGAAAGAAGUAAGUAAAAAAAAAAACUAUUUUAGAUUCACAGUAUACGUUUUGUAAUUGAAGUUACACUUUCAAAGUAUAAAUAAAUGUGUUUUUUCCCGAUGAAAUCGUGGACACUGAACAUAGCAUGCAGAGUGUUAAGUCCCUCCCCGGAUUUGACAAACGCGCACGCACCUUGUGCUUGUAAACAGAAGCUCACACGUGACACGGGGAGCAGAGCCGAGUCGCGCGACCGUAUUGUCUGAACGGACAAAGAAGCGUACUGUGAGCGCGAGCUUCGGCCAGGUGAGCGGCCAGGUGUUAUGGCAACCGGCGUUAUGUGUGGCAACACGAAGCCGAGUUUUUGCUCGUUUAAAGACCGAGGUCUGGGAACGCGUUUGGUCGCUUGAACUUAUUGUCUGAACCGCAAAUCCUCGAGCUCGGUGGGAGAACAUUGUUGACUGCGUUUUCGCUGCGCUCACGCACACAGCUGGUUUACUAAACUGGAGAGCCUUUGUUGUUCCAACGCGAAAUCUCGCUGAUAGGGAUUUUUUCCCCCUUUCUGUCGCUGUCGUCAACUAGCAGUAGCCCUUAGCCUCGACGUCAGAACAAAAUUAUUUCCGAACAACCUCAAUCUGUGCAUUCAGAUUGAGGCCGGAUGAGAUGUCAUUCGCCAUGGAGGAUAAUUUGGAGUCCGGAUGGGUGUCAGUCCGACCCAGAGUGUUCGACGAGAAAGAGAGGCAUAAAUUUGUUUUCAUCGUGGCCUGGAACGACAUCGAGGGAAAGUUCGCCAUAACCUGUCACAACAGAACCGUCCAGAGACGGAGCACUUUUCUGGACUUGGAUUGUAGCCCCGCGGCUGCGCUUCCUGUCCCCGCUGCUGCUGCUAAAAGUCCGGCCAAAGCGAAGAAAGACGAAGCCUGUCAAGCUGGUAAAGUUAGACCGCACUCUGUCCCGACAGGAAAACCCACAACAAACACCAGAGCCUUAGACAAAAAGACUGUAAAAGAUGAUGGCUUGAAGGCGUUCGAGUGCGUCAGCCUCCCGUUAGGAUCCUGGAAUAUUGUUACGCCGAAGGAGAUGGACAUGGAGAUCCUGGACGUCCCUUCGUCUCCCGAGGAUGCAGACCCGGGAGACGGUGAGCUCAGCCUCCGCGAGGACUUCAGCUGGGCCGGCCUGUUCUCCUUCCAAGACCUGCGGGCGGCCCACCAGCAGCUGUGCGCCGUCAACUCGGAUCUGGAGCCCUGCUUGCCCCCGUUCCCGGAGGAGCAGUCCGGCGUGUGGACGGUGCUGUUCGGCGCCCCGGGGAUGUCGCAGCGGGAGACGGACGCGCUGUGCUACCAGCUGCAGGUGUACCUGGGUCACGCCCUGGACACCUGCGGCUGGAAGAUCCUCUCCCAGGUGCUUUUCUCCGAGGGCGACGACACGGAGGAGUACUACGAGAGCCUGAGCGAGCUGAGGCAGAAAGGCUACGAAGAUGCGCUGGAGGCGGCCAAAAGGCGGAUGCAGGAGGUGUUGGACAAGCACAAGGCCACGGACAGCAUGGUGGAGCUGCUGCAGGUGUACCCCGAGGAGGACGAGGCGUACGGCGAGCUGCUGGAGGCGACGACUCAGCUGUACCACUACCUUCUGCAGCCCUUCAGGGACAUCAGAGAAGUGGCAACUCUGCGGCGGCAGCAAAUUAAGAUCUGCCUGGAGACGGAACGUCUCGGCCCUCGCCGCGUGGAGAGCCUGAGGAAAGAGGAUGAGGAGUGGCAGAAGAAGGCUCAGGCUGCCGUGCUCGCCAUUCAAGACCUGACUGUGAAGUUCUUUGAAACCACAACCCGAGCUCAGAAAGCUCUGUACGAGCGGAUGCGCGCCGACCAGAGGAAGUUCGGAAAGUCAGCGUGGGCCACGGCAAUCGAACGCAUGGAGCGGCUGCAGUACGCCGUUUCCAAGGAAACCCUGCAGCUCAUGAGGGCCAAAGAAAUCUGCCUGGAACAGAAGAAGCAUGGCUUGAAGGAAGAGAUGCAGAGUCUGCAGGGUGGGGAGGAUGCAAUGAUGCGACUGGACCAGCUGGAGGCGCUGUACUACGAGCUGCAACUGCAGCUGUACGACAUUCAGGCCGAGGUGCUGCGCUGCGAGGAGCUGCUGCUGACCGCGCAGCUGCAGAGUCUGCGCAGGCAGAUGAUGGAGCGACAGGAUGAGGUGGUCUACUACGAUGCCUUCGAGAGCCCAGACGCCAUGAAGGGCGAAGAGGAGCCCGCAUCCCCUCCGUUGCCCCUCAGAGAUGAAGAACUGUGCGUCCUGCAGCAGAGGACGCGGCAACUGGAGGCCCGGAGGGGCCGCAUCACUGCCAAGAAAGUCUACCUCAAAAACAAGAAGGAAAUCUGUAUCUUCAAUCACAACCAGAAAAUCCAGCAGCGCCAAGGAAACGACGUCGACUUCAGCUCUCUGCAGGUACUGCGGCAGGGAGGAGAAACUGCAGAAGAUGAUGAAGCAAAAAGAAAUGCAAAUGUGAGUCAGGAAAGGCAGCGGACUCUGGACAGACUGCGCAGCCUCAAACAGCGUUACCCAGGUCAGGUGACCCUCCGGUCCAGUCGCCUGCGGCUUGCCCAGACUCCCAGCCGGAGGCGGGCGGGGCAGCAGCCCAGCACCCAGGCGGUCAGCGUCCAGACCGACUCCAUCUCCGACCUCCCAGAGCUCUCAUCUCCGCCCCCGGCUGACGUCUACAGCUGCGAAGGCGCCUCGCUGCCCUCCAUCGGCCUCCAAAGCGUGGAAGCGGCGCCUCCUUUCCUCUCGCUGCCUCCCCUGUCGUCGAAUCCGUCUCUGCUCUCCGUGGGGCCGCCUGCCGCGCCUCCGCCACCUCCCCCUCUUCCUCCUCAGUCGCUUCCUCAGUCGCUUCCUCCCGCCGAGAGCCAAGCGAGCAGCCCGACCAAGACCGAGUCUGAAUGCACCUCGCUGCCGCUGGCGCCGUUUUCCCCGCGAUUCUUUGACAGCAGCCAGCUGCUGACUGCCAGGAAGAAGCUGAGGAAGACCGCAUCGCUGGACUCGUCACAGUGGAGGAAAGCGAGCUCGCCCAUGGACGAGGUGCUGGCCUCGCUGAAGCGCGGCAGCUUCCACCUGAGGAAGGCCGAGCUGCGCGUCCUCGGACCCGACCCGGACGACGACGGCAACAACAUCCUGGCUCAGAUCCGGCAAGGCGUGCGCCUGAAGAAGGUCCGCGCCCGGCCAGAGCAACAGCGCCACCCCAAGAGCUUCCUGCACUCCGCCGACGCCCUGACCCGCAGCAUCCACGAGGCCCUGAGGAGGAUCAAGGAGGCCUCGCCGGAGUCGGAGUCUGAGGACGAAGGCCUGCCUUGCACUGACUGGGAAAACUGACAGAGGUUUAAAUGUUGAACUUAUUUUGCUUUUUUUUUUUUUUUUUUCAUUCUACGUGGCCAAAACAAAGAGAAAAUGAGGAUCAUGAAAUGAA